AUGCAUGUACAUUAUUAUGGUGAAUUAAUUGUACCACUUCUACAUCGAAUGAUGAAUUUAGAAAAAUUUGAUUUAGAAUUUCUGAUGUAUCGUAAUAAAGGAUUUAUUAAUGGAAAUGAUUUCAAAGAUAUUAUCAAUAAUAUGCCAAAAUUAAAUAAAUUUACAUUUAAUAUUCGUUUAUUCAAUCAUCAUUCUGAUCAAAUAAAUAUACCUUCAAAUGAAGAUAUUCAAUAUACAUUCAACGAUUUUAAAAGUGAAUUAUUUAAAAAUGUUUAUAGAGUAUCGGUAUUUGAUGAACGUCCAUUUGAACAUGAAUUUUUUCUUCAAAUUGCUCAAUCAUUUCCAUUUAUGAAGGAAUUAACUAUAAUGAAUGGAGAACCACAGAAGAAUAAAUUAUAUAGAAAAUUAAAUAACGAGAAUCAAGAUUUAUCAAUUAUUAAAUAUCCUCAUCUUACUCGUCUCAGUCUUCUUCAAGCUUAUGAUGAUGAUAUGGAACAAUUUCUACUUCAUACGAAAGUGUUUAUGCCGAAUAAUGUUCAUCUUAUUGUCUGUUAUGCAGUAAUGAAAAGGAUUACAGAAAAUUUCACAAGAGAUGCAACGCGAAUCAAUUGUGCCAAACUGGGUCCCUUAUAUCUAGUUGAUAGAUAUAAAUGUAUUAAAUCUGUAAAAGACUAUUUUUCGCAGACAGAUAAUCCUUAA